AUGUCCAUCACGAUGAGCACCCUACCUCCGUUCCAUAAUCUGACCGACGAUAUCGUUGACCAUAUACUGAAGACUCUGUUCUGCUCGAUAAUGCAGGAUUUUACGCGGAGCGGGACGCUCUGGAAACUGUCACCCAACGCGUGGACGAAGACACUACGCGUAUUGUAUGACAAGUUCUUUAGACUCCGCCUGAUAUGCAAGAAUAUGAACGAACGGAUCACAUACCACGGCAUACUCUGGACAAUACUCCCACUCGGGCAGAUGGACCAGCUAGACGUCCAACGAUCGCUCAAGUACUCCAAGAACUGCCCACUCACAGUGCUGCUGAGCGAUGCUCGAUCGCGUAGCAACUUCGACAUACUCCUUCACUCUUCCCAACACAAGAAUCGAGUUCAGACACUGUACAUCGAUCUAAUGGCGUCCGAAUGGCCGGGUCUGUCCAUGAUCAUGCAGCUGCAUCAGUUCCCCGCGCUCGAAACGCUGUUCUUGAGUUCCAGAGGUAUAGAGGAAGAGGAGGAGGACGAGGACGCCGUGAUAGUAGCAAACGUAGGCGGGUGGGGUAACGCGCCGGCCAAUAUGGGUGGAUGGGGUAACGCGACCGCCAACAACACAUUCAACUGGGCUGUCGGCGGAGGGAACGGCGUAGUAGCGGCAUUGCCGACUCAUCCCACCGCAAUACCCACCAUCCCGCCACUGGUAGCGAGACGACACGGUACCCAACUCAGCUACAAAGUCGGUAUCGCAAACCUCGCACACGUUUCCGCCAACGUGCUCUGUAUCCGGGAUCGGGCUUUCGCCUGGCAACACUUCACACCUCCCUACCGGCUCACCACACUGCAAGUACAAGCGGGUUACGAGUCUGGCGACGGGAGAUUUCCUCUCAACAUCGAGCAUCUGGACCGCGCUAUACGACCAAUCACUACACUACGAGAGCUGCAACUAUGGGACGUGGACGCGUACGGUCCCCAUGGUCUACAGCCCAUCACACAGUCCAACGUUCGAUACAUUGCCAUCCGCGGUACUCAUGGUUCCAUAGCCGCCGUCAGCCACUACCUACGGUACUGUAAUCCGCGCGUACUCAUCAUCGAAAUAACGGACGAAUUCUCUGGCAGCCAUCACGCAGUAUAUACCGACAUCCAAUCAGCUGCGCAAACAUUCACAGAUCUCCAUACGAUAUCAUCCGUCGGCGUAUUCGUAACCAUCUCCGAAACACCCGAGCACAACAACACAGUGGACUUGGUUCUGACCGCUGCAGACGGCAGCGUACUGUCUCUUCAAGUACCCUACAGCCAUUCUCGCGCUCUUCACGCGAUAAUGCAGACUUGCGUACCCAAGGGCACCCGUUUGUCCUUUGAAAUAACACCUGGCGACGAAUACGGUGAAGUCACGAGCACCGUUUUCUUACGCUGUAUCUCUCUCGACGCCUUCACAUCCUACCAUUUGCGAGUCGAGAGCCACCAGAUCACCCCGAUCCUUUCCACGCUCGAACAUCAUCGACCUCGCGAACCCGUCGGCUUUGUAUGGCUACACGGAGAGAGCAGAUGCGCUACGUGGGCACGCGUAGUAACAGAUCAUCAGCAAUGGAUACCGUAUGUCAGAAUAGCCGUCGUGUCCAAGUGCUCAACGACGAAGAUCACACAUGAGCCAAACUGGGUCGACUGGCAGAACAAACCACUGUUCUCGCCGUCGGUGACCAAGGCUCACACCCAUCUGAUGAGGAUGAUGAGGUACAUGGAAUAG